AUGGUCUGGUGUCCCUACCGUUUUGUCUCAUUGUUCGCUGGCCCUGUUUUUAUUACACAAGGCGUCUCCUCCUAUCAGGUCCAGAGCGUCAAGCGGGAAAGCGACACUCAAGAAAGUGCGGCGUUCAGAAACGACGCAUUGGGCUUGUGUCGGAUCGAGACCGGUGAGGCCCUGGACCCGGUCACAUACGGCCACGUGACGUGUGCUCGCUGCUACUCCUACAUCCCGGCCUUCGCCUUCCGGAAUGACUCGAGGCUCGAGUUGUGCGGAGAUCAGUUGUGCCGCGACUGCGCGCUGGGUCGCGGCUGUACGCUGGCCGAGCCCAACGCGACCGAGGACAGCGACGUGGUGUCUUCGUUCGGCAACGCCCUCUACCUGAGCAAGUGGAAGCAAUGCUGCAACGCAGCGUGGCGCUGCUGCCAGUCCAUGGUCAGCGUUCCGCAGGUGUCCGACGCCGCAGAGCCUCACUGCCCCCGGACUUGGGACGGCUGGACGUGCUACGAGGACACUCAGGGAGGAAGCAUGGUCGAGAAACCCUGCCCCGCGCACGCCUACUACCACUCCGUCGAGCAGCCCUGCCAGAGGUUUUCGAAGAAGCUGUGCUGGGACAACGGAACCUGGUACGUUCACCCGGGCUUCCACAAGGAGUACACCAUCUACGAGUGUGGAGCGAUUCACAACCACAAAUUCAUGGUCGGACUCUCCAUCAUUCUACAUUCGGUGUCUGCCCUCCUGCUGCUGCCGGCCAUCAUCAUAUUCUCCUUUUAUGCUCAACUGAAGAUCCAGCGGAUCCUGAUGCACAAGCACCUGUGCACAAGCCUGUUGCUGUACGGCAUCGCUAGCAUCGCCAUCGACUACGUCCUCAUCUGGAACGAGUUCCCCGGUCCCGGAAGAUUCGAGAUCGUCGCGUCCAAUCCCGCGUGGUGCAAGCUGCUCAUCAUCGGCUGGCGGUACUUCCGGCUGGCGCAGUACCACUGGAUGUUCUGCGAGGCCUUCUACCUGAACAGGCUCAUCACGACGGCCUUCGCGGAGCAGAAGUCGGUGCUGCUCUACUACAGCGUCGGAUGGGGUUUCCCCGCCGUAUUUCUUGCCACCUACGCCGUCUUUCGGGCGAAGCACGGAGACACGAAGUGCUGGAUUGAGCCUCUGGACCACUACGAGUGGAUCGUCCUUUUUCCUGGCCUGCUUUGUCUCAUCCUGAACUUCGUGUUCCUGUGCAACAUCAUUCGUAUUCUAGUCACCAAACUUCGUACCGCACACACCAACGAACCGCUUCAGUUCAGUGAGGUUAAUUACUCAAAGGCAGUGCGCGCAGUGAUCAUCCUGUUCCCGCUGUUCGGGACUCAGUUCCUGCUGGGCGUCUACCGCAAGCCGCAGCUCUGCGGAGCCUGGGAGGUGUACCAGUACUUCAACAGGACCACCGACGCACUCCAGGGGUGCUUCGUCGCGCUGCUCUUCUGCUACCUGAGUGGAGAGGUCCAGACUCACGUGGCGCGCUCGUUCGACCGCGUCAAGCUGCGCUACAAGAUCGCCCGCGAGAGCAGCCUGCGGCGCUCCACUCGGACCAGCAUUCGCAUGUACGCCUUCGGCAACAGCCAGGAUCCAAACGUGUCUUUGCAGGCCCAAGAUGCAAGAUACCUAUGGGAGGUUGUUUUCGGCGUGUACACCUGGCAAGCACCCUUGUAUGUGCCGCCUAGGAAACGGAAGGGUCUCAUGAACAAGUAUAUCGCGGAGCAACUUCAAUAUAUCAAAAGGAAGCUGCAGUUUUAA